AUGGAUGAAGAUGCAGGAGACAUGGUGUUCAGUGUGGUGGUCACUCCGGUGGUCACUGCGGUGGUCACUGUGGUGGUGGUCACUGUGGUGGUGGUCACUGUGGUGGUGGUCACUGCUGUUGUCUUGCGUGAAGUAAUGGUUAGAGACACAAAAAGAUUGGACAUUUUUUAACUGCUUUCCACUAUUACAGCCACACAAAGAGUGGGCACACAUACAAUCGACAACCAUUAUAGAGGUGCAAUACAUGACGUUGAUGAUGUUCACAUGCAAAUCGUACUUUAUAAAAAAAAAUAUAAUCGGCAGUGGUCAAGUGCUCGAACCACUUAACAUUAAACAUAAUCUGUUCACAGAGACAGUCUCCUAUCACAAGAAAAUAUGAAUUAUGGAGUAAUACAGUAGCCCCACAGAUCUUUGGUGAUGAUAACAUAAGACAGUUAAUUGGUUGAAAUGACCAAUAGGCAGCUGGACAUGGUACAGAUUGUGGUUGACGUCACAGCGCAAAGACUACAAUUGAAGUGUAAAAAGGAACUGGCAAAACCCCCAACUCCUUCACAGACCACAAUCUCAUGACUGAGCAUGCCCAGAAAUCUUAGCACACCACAGAACGAUUCGCCACAAGAAGUGACAAAAAGAAAAGGGUCUUUCCCAAUGUGUCUUUCCUUGAUUACUUGUGUCUUCUCUCUUCGCCUCCUUCUCAAAACACAUUGGAGGAAAAGGUCAGAGGGGAGGGACCUUGGAGUAUCUCCUGCAAUGCGUUUGGAGAAGGAGGCGAAGAAAGUGGACACAAGGAAUCAAGGAAAAACUAUUUGAGAAGGAAUUUUAGCAACACAACAGGAAGUGCUGACUGUAUUUGUACUAUGGAAGGCUAUUCUAGAGAAUUAUGUUUCAUACUCUGCAUAUUCAAAGCAACACAAAAAUAGUUGCUUUGUGACCAAGAUACUAGUAGGCCUUAUUUCUCUGUUGUCUAAAAUCUAAAUAAAUUGAAGGGAAAAGAAACUGUGCUGAGUAGUGUCACGCCCUGGCUCUGGGGACACUUGUAUGUUGAGCCAGGGUGUGAGUUUCAUUUGUUUUUCUAGUAGUUGUAUUUCUAGGUUGGCCAGAGUGGUUCCCAAUCAGAGGCAACGAGUGUCAGCUGUUGCUGGUUGUCUCUGAUUGGGAACCAUAUUUAGACAGGCUGUUUUCCCACAGUGGUUGUGGGAUCUUGUUCCAGUGUGGUUUGUGUUUAGACCGUGGACGUCACGUUAUCGUUUUGUUAUUUUUGUCGUGUAAUCACUAAAUAAAGAGUAUGUUUGCCUUCAACGCUGCGCCUUGGUCCGCCUCUGUUCCCGACGAUCGUGACAGAAGAUCCCACCAGAACUGGACCAAGCAGGGAGCCAUCGCCAGGGAAAUCUCUGGCGGAUAUCCAGCGCCUCCUCGACUGGGUCAAGCCGGGUGAGCAAGAGAGGGGCUUGACGUGGAAGCAGAAGGGCGAAAGGCUGGCGGAAAGUAUGGAGACCUGGUCCACGGGUAGGAGAGAAGCCCAGAAUUUUUUUAGGGGGGGGCUAACGCCGUGGACGACGGGGCAGCAGGAGACCGCGAUAGAGCGGCCCAGCGGGUUGGCAGAGGAGGCCGCCAGGUUACGGGGGCCACUGGUCAAAGAGGGGAAGGAAGGUGUAGAGGCACAGCGAGAGGUACUGGGGUGUGUUACCAGUCCGGUCCGGCCCGUUCCAGAUCCCUGCGUAGAGCCAGUGGUGUGUGUCCCCAGUACGGUCUGGUCUGUUCCUGCUCCCCGCACCAAGCUAAUGGUGCGCGUCGCCAGCCCGGCCCGUCCUGUUCCUGCUCCCCGCACCAAGCCAAUGGUGCGCGUCGCCAGCCCGGCCCGUCCUGUUCCUGCUCCCCGCACCAAGCCAAUGGUGCGCGUCGCCAGCUCGGCCCGGCCUGUUCCUGCUCCCCGCACCAAGCCUAUGGUGCGCGUCGCCAGCCCGGCCCGGCCUGUUCCUGCUCCCCGCACCAGGCCAAUGGUGCGCAUCGCCAGCCCGGUCCGGCCCGCUCCUGCCCCCCGCACCAAGCCUAUGGUGCGCGUCGCCAGCCCGGCCCGGCCUGUUCCUGCUCCCCGCACCAGGCCAAUGGUGCACGUCGCCAGCCCGGUCCGGCCCGCUCCUGCUCCCCACACCAAGCCAGUGGUGUGCGUCGUCAGUCCGGCACGGCCCGUGCCUGUUCCCCACACCAAGCCAGUGGUGUGCGUCGUCAGUCCGGCACGGCCCGUGCCUGUUCCACCGGUGCCUGGUCCGGCACCGGUCAGCUGCUUCACGCCGGAGCUAGAGCAAUCCGUUCCACCAGUGUGCAGUCCAGCUCCGGCCAGCGGGGCCAGACCGGACCAGGGGUACUUUGGGGGGUUGGAGAGGGAGUGGGGAUCAGGCCCGGAGCCGGAUCCGCCGCCAAGGCGGAGUGCCCACCCGGUCCCUCCCCUGUGGUAUUUAGUUGGCGCGGUCGGAGUCUGCGCCUUUAGGGGGGGGUACUGUCACGCCCUUGCUCUGGGGACACGUGUAUGUUGAGCCAGGGUGUGAGUUUCAUUUGUUUUUCUAGUAGUUGUAUUUCUAGGUUGGCCAGAGUGGUUCCCAAUCAGAGGCAACGAGUGUCAGCUGUUGCUGGUUGUCUCUGAUUGGGAACCAUAUUUAGACAGGCUGUUUUCCCACAGUGGUUGUGGGAUCUUGUUCCAGUGUGGUUUGUGUUUAGACCGUGGACGUCACGUUAUCGUUUUGUUAUUUUUGUUGUGUAAUCACUAAAUAAAGAGUAUGUUUGCCUUCAACGCUGCGCCUUGGUCCGCCUCUGUUCCCGACGAUCGUGACAAGUAGAUGAUAUGAAAGCUGUCACAACUUCUGCCGAGGCUGCCUCCCCUCCUUGUUCGGGCAGGCUUCGGCGUUUGUCGUCACCGGCUUACUAGCCACUGCCGCUCCAUAUAUCAUCAUUCCAUUUGUCUUGUCUUGUCAAAUACACACACCUGGUUCUUAUCCCCUCAUUAGUCAGUGUAUAAGUGUUCCCUCUGCCCCCCUUGUCCUUGUGGGUGAUUGUUAUUUGUGAGAGUAGUGUAGCUCGGUGUAGCUACUCUCCCUUUGUAUUGCCGGGGUAGAUAUUUCCCCUGUGCCUGUAUAUUGGUGGAGUAUCCCGUACCGUGUAUUGCCAGGGUAGAUAGUUUCCUGUGCCUGUUUCCGUGUGUCGCUAUCCAGCGCAUUUGUGUACGAUGGAAUAAACUCUGUAUUCUGUGAUUUACCCUCCUGCGCCUGACUCCUUCUAUCACACUCAUCAUAGAAAGCAAUGCUUACACUCACCAUUAAUAACUUUAAGUUGUACUUCAGUGAUCAGGGUGAUGUAGGCAGUAGUUUCCCACCACACCAGUAUAUCCCUGUAUCCUCCCCAGUCAGGUUGGUGAUUGUCACAGUGAAGACUCUCUCUUGUCAGACACAAAAAACUACCUUGUUUGUUUGAUUCUUUUCCAGAUUGUAAAUCUAUAUUGUAUUUACAGGUGAAGUGACCAUCUUGUUUGCAGAAAUACUUGAUGCUGUCCUUAUGGUCAUUUGGAUACUUGUAGCUGAUGGUAGCAUUUCCUCCCAGAUAGGCAGUCUCUGUGAAUGAUCUCCUACAGCAGUCAUCUGUCAAUGGAAACAACCUCAGCCUUUAUUAAUAACCUCAGUCUCUCCUUUCGCCCUUAGUUGACUGACCGCCGUGACUAGCUAUUCUCAUCACACAGGGAAUUAGACUGUUAAAAUAAUUUUCCUCACCUUCCUUUACUUCCAGCUCCACCUUAGUCCUACAGCAAGUUGACGGUAUGUCUGGUGUGUCCACAUCGCAGUAGUAGUAUCCUUCAUCGCUAUAAUGCAGUUUUUCGAUGACCACCGUGAAGAGUUUACUGUCAGUGUCUUUUAGAGAGAAUCUAUCCUUGUUCUCCCAGGUCUUCUUUGUCUCAAUUCUAAUUUUCUCUUCACAACUCUGGCUGGACUUCUUACAGAAAUAUUUCUGGUUGCUGUUUUAUGCGUCUGGGUAUUUACAGUUGAAGAUGACAGUUCCUCCUGGGUAUCCUUCCACUUCAAGGCAGCUCACACAAUCUGAGAUUGCCAUUUACAUUUCGGUCAUUUAGCAAGCGGUCUUAUACAGUCACUGCAUUCAACUAAGGUAGAUAAAACUACCCCAUAUCACAGUCCUAGGAAGUAAAAACGUUCCUCAAUAAUGCAGCUAUCAGCAUUGAGAUUAGACAUUUUUAAACAGUGGUGGCAUCAUAUUAUCCAAACAAAUUGGUAGUCCAUACUCUAGAGUAAAAGUCUUUAUAAGAAGACUAACUGGGUGUUAUUACAUUGUUAUAGAGUGCAAUAACAAGCUUAUUACCUGUCAUGAAGGAGAGGAUGGUGAAUAUCAGUAGGUUCCUCAUCUUGUAGAUUCUGGGGCUCCGCUUCUCUCGGACACAGUGAGAGACUCAGUAAUGUCUGGUUGGUCCAGCUGUCUCAAGAUGUAGUUCCUGAUAUACUGUAAUGCUAUGUAUCCAACUCUUGAGCUCUACUCUCUUUCUCUCUUUGCACUCGUACAUUCGAACAAACUAUGUACCUCCCUCCUUCUGCAUCUCUCUCUCUCUCCAUUUCUAUACUUGCGUCAACACUCCUACCACAUCUUCUUUUUGACAACCCUUUCCACUUCCUCCUUAUGGAGUCUAAAAUAAAGGUCAUGAAGCAGCUUGGCUGUUGAACUUCAAUUUUGGAUAUGGUAAGAUCACUGUACAGUCGUGGUCAAUCGUUUUGAGAAUGACACAAAUAUUCAUUUUCACAAAGUCUGCUGCCUCAGUUUUUAUGAUGGCAAUUUGCAUAUACUCCAGAAUGUUAUGAAGAGUGAUCAGAUGAAUUACAAUUAAUUGCAAAGUCCCUCUUUGCCAUGAAAAUGAACUUAAUCCCCAAAAAAACAUUUCCACUGCAUUUCAGCCCUGCCACAAAAGGACCAGCUGACAUCAUGUCAGUGAUUUUCUUGUUAACACAAGUGAGAGUGUUGACGAGGACAAGGCUGGAGAUCACUCUGUCAUGCUGAUUGAGUUAGAAUAACAGACUGGAAGCUUUAAAAGGAGGGUGGUGCUUGAAAUCAUUGUUCUUCCUCUGUUACCUGCAAGGAAACACGUGCCGUCAUCAUUGCUUUGCACAAAAACGGCUUCACAGGCAAGGAUAUUGCUGCUAGUAAGAUUGCACCUAAAUCAACCAUUUAUCGGAUCAUCAAGAACUUCAAGGAGAGAGGUUCAAUUGUUGUGAAGAAGGCUUCAGGGCGCCCAAGAAAGUCCAGCAAGCGCUAGGACCGUCUCCUAAAGUUGAUUCAGCUGCGGGUUCUGUGCACCACCAGUGCAGGGCUUGCUCAGGAAUGGCAACAGGCAGGUGUGAGUGCAUCUGCACGCACAGUGAGGCGAAGACUUUUGGAGGAUGGUCUGGUGUCAAGAAGGGCAGCAAAGAAGCCACUUCUCUCCAGGAAAAACAGCAGGGACAAAUCAAAUCAAAUCAAAUUUUAUUGGCCACAUGCGCCGAAUACAACAGGUGCAGACAUUACAGUGAAAUGCUUACUUACAGCCCUUAACCAACAGUGCAUUUAUUUUUUACAAAAAAGUAAAAAUAAAACAACAACAAAAAAAGUGUUGAGAAAAAAAGAGCAGAAGUAAAAUAAAAUAACAGUAGGGAGGCUAUAUACACAGGGGGGUACCGGUGCAGAGUCAAUGUGCGGGGGCACCGGCUAGUUGAGGUAGUUGAAGUAAUAUGUACAUGUGGGUAGAGUUAAAGUGACUAUGCAUGAAUAAUUAACAGAGUAGCAGCAGCGUAAAAUAAUGGGGUGGGGGGGCAGUGCAAAUAGUCCGGGUAGCCAUGAUUAGCUGUUCAGGAGUCUUAAGGCUUGGGGGUAGAAGCUGUUGAGAAGUCUUUUGGACCUAGACUUGGCACUCCGGUACUGCUUGCCGUGCGGUAGCAGAGAGAACAGUCUAUGACUAGGGUGGCUGGAGUCUUUGACAAUUUUGAGGGCCUUCCUCUGACACCGCCUUGUAUAGAGGUCCUGGAUGGCAGGAAGCUUGGCCCCAGUGAUGUACUGGGCCGUACGCACUACCCUCUGUAGUGCCUUGCGGUCGGAGGCCAAGCAGUUGCCAUACCAGGCGGUGAUGCAACCAGUCAGGAUGCUCUCGAUGGUGCAGCUGUAGACAUUUUUGAGGAUCUGAGGACCCAUGCCAAAUCUUUUUAGUCUCCUGAGGGGGAAUAGGCUUUGUCGUGCCCUCUUCACGACUGUCUUGGUGUGUUUGGACCAUGAUAGUUCGUUGGUGAUGUGGACACCAAGGAACUUGAAGCUCUCAACCUGUUCCACUACAGCCCCGUCGAUGAGAAUGGGGGCAUGCUCAGUCCUCUUUUUUUUCCUGUAGUCCACAAUCAUCUCCUUUGUCUUGGUCACGUUGAGGGAGAGGUUGUUAUCCUGGCACCACACGGCCAGGUCUCUGACCUCCUCCCUAUAGGCUGUCUCAUCGUUGUCGGUGAUCAGGCCUACCACUGUUGUGUCGUCAGCAAACUUAAUGAUGGUGUUGGAGUCGUGCCUGGCCAUGCAGUCAUGGGUGAACAUGGAGUACAGGAGGGGACUGAGCACGCACCCCUGAGGGGCCCCCGUGUUGAGGAUCAGUGUGGCAGAUGUGUUGUUAACUACCCUUACCACCUGGGGGCGGGCCGUCAGGAAGUCCAGGAUCCAGUUGCAGAGGGAGGUGUUUAGUCCCAGGAUCCUUAGCUUAGUGAUGAGCUUUGAGGGCACUAUGGUGUUGAAUGCUGAGCUGUAGUCAAUGAAUAGCAUUCUCACGUAGGUGUUCCUCUUGUCCAGGUGGGAAACGGCAGUGUGGCGUGCAAUAGAGAUUGUAUCAUCUGUGGAUCUGUUGGGGCGGUAUGAAAAUUAGAGUGGGUCUAGGGUUUCUGGGAUAAUGCUGUUGAUGUGAGCCAUGACCAGCCUUUCAAAGCACUUAAUGGCUACAGACGUCAGUGCUACGGGUCGGUAGUCAUUUAGGCAGGUUAUCUUAGAGUCCUUGGGCACGGGACUAUGGUGGUCUGCUUGAAACAUGUUGGUAUUACAGACUCAGUCAGGGACAUGUUGAAAAUGUCAGUGAAGACACUUGCAAGUUGGUCAGCACAUGCUCUGAGUACACGUCCUGGUAAUCCGUCUGGCCCUGCGGCCUUGUGAAUGUUGACCUGCUUAAAAGUCUUACUCACAUCGGCAACGGAGAGCGUGAUCACAUAGUCAUCCGGAACAGCUGAUAGAAGUGGUUUAGCUCGUCUGGAAGUCUUGUGUCACUGGGCAGCUCGCGGCUGUGCUUCCCUUUGUAGUCUGUAAUUUGCCUACAUGAACGCUCUCCUCUCUCCAUCCCUCUCCCACUCUCUUUCUCUGAGAAUCCAGCCAAUGGCUGUGUUUAUUGCGAACAAGUUUUACAUGGAAACGAGAAUUAUGGGGUACAUGCGUCAUACAGGGGGAUAGGACAAGGGAGGCUUAUUGUCAAUGACUGUCAUUGCAAACAGUUCUUCAAUUGAGGAAAUGCCAUUCGGUUCCAUUGUGAACAAUUCCAAUGUAAUUUUGACAGAAUGACUGUAAAAACACUUUUAUGACCCAGUUAUGACAUGUGUCCUACACUUCACCUACAGCCAACAAUUUUAGCCUAAAGUAAUAUCCCGCCGGGCAUAACACUGUCUUUUUAGUGACGUACUGACAUUUUGCUACGUUUAGGCUUAUCGCAACAUUGUGACACUUUAUUUGAAUUUAUGACAUACAGUUAUCUUAAUUAGAUUUUAAUUAGAUCUUAAUUAGAUUUUAAUUAGCACGUUACAUGCUGACCACACCGCAAAAUACAUGUACACAUACAUGUUAUUCAAUCAUUGCACCCACACUGCUCGCGCACGUCAACGAGCGUCUGCGUGGCCAGGCGCUAAAUUAGAACUCGGUUCUAUUUGUGAAGCUCAACGCGCUGCAAGUCCUGCCUCUCCCAUCUCCUCAUUGGUUUUUAGGAGCAUCUACCCACGUGGGCGAUUGAACGACACACUCCAGUCCCGUUGGUGGUGGUAAUGCACCUUUUAAAGUUGGUUGCCAAACGCAAUAUAAAGUCCAAAGAAGAAGAAGAAGCCUGAAGGAGGAGAGAUUACUAGAAAAAAAACUCGGUACCCUUUUAUCUGUGGAUUAAUUGUCGGAGUAGAGGACCUACUGCAUUUCAGGUAAAAUAACAACCCAAUGUUUAUAUCCCAGGACAAAUUAGCUAGCAACAGCAAGCUAGCUAACUAAAUUGCCAUAAAUGUUUCAUGCUUCCGACCUGUCCCCAAGUUAAUAUAGUUGGUUCAGAGUUCGUUUUGAUAUUUCAACCUGCGUGUCCUGAUCGCGUCUGGUGUGGGAGGAAAAAAUCUACAUGCGCAUGCGGUCUUGUCAGCAUGUUAAGGUCAUUGGCCACAGUUCAAACGACGUCUUUUCUCCGAUAACUUUGAUUGGACUGAUGUGUGUCAACUUCAUUGUUUACCACGUCUUCUAGCUAGCUGAAAAGUUAUCAGGAAAUACGUUGACUAUCUCCUAGCAAAUCAAUUUCAAAUGUAGCGUUAUGAAGAAAAUGUAGACAUAAAACGUAUCGGUGCUCAUCAGCCACUAAAAAUUUAAAUAAGAUCAUACGUUAAAAUAAAGAAAGCUGUAAAAGAGGAUUAAACUGUGGUUGGUGGUGGAUAGAAGCAGUGGCUAACAUCUGUUUUGAGGUAGUUAUACGACGUGUCUUGUUAAUGUUUGAUGUCAGGCUGUUAUACCCAUAGAACUGUAUCUAUGCAAUUAAUGAAGCGAUGGAGUAACUUUAUAAACGUUGUUGCUUUAUACUUAACCGUAUCAUCUUGGUAACAGGUAGGCAGACGCACUCAGAACGUGUUGUGUCUGCGUCCCAAUACUCUAACAAUGUAGCAAUAUUAUUGACCAUGCUGAAUUUGACUAUGGGAAGUAAACUGAUCAUAACCUAAUGAUAUCACGUUUGUGUGUUUAGUGGUUUCGAUGCAUAUUAGCUUUUUGAUUGAGUUUGCCCAACCAAUAUUUUCGUUAAAAAUCGCAACAACAUCCCCACACUUGUCCAUGAACUCUGUGUUGUUGUUUUUAUCGCACUGCUUUUCUUUAUCUUGGCCAGGUCGCAGUUGUAAAUGAGAACUUGUUCUCAACUGGCUUACCUGGUUAAAUAAAGGUUAAAUAAAAAAACACGUUAUUGAAGAUGCUUUCCAAUUGAUAGCAACAAAAAAAAUUGCAGCAAUUAUUAGACCUAGGUUACAAAACUUAGUUCAAAUAAAGUGUUAUUAGGCUACAUAACUUCCUCUAUAUAAUAUGUCGAGCCUCCUUCAAUUUGGCAAAUCAUAUUCCCCCUUAAAAUAAAUUAAUCCACUGCGUUGUCUCGCUCUGCCACAGUCCUGCCACUGCCAGACUUCCACUGUUUUGAAUUUCACUCGUGAGAGAAACUUAGCGCACAUUAAUUUUGAUUUUUAAAGCAUAAGAAACGCAAUGUAAAUCUUCUUAGGCACCAUUUGCCGACCCAAUUCAGUAGGCCUCCGCACCUAAUUGAAAUGGCCGUUUGCUACAGCUGUCGUUAGGACAACAACACGGGCAAGUUGGUAAAACGGUGUAACAUUAUAGGCUAACGUUACGUUUUGUAGAAGCUGGCGACAUUAAUUAAGACUUCCAGAAUAUGGUAUAUUAGGCAACACUUUAUUUUGUGCGGCGAUAAUAACUGCUGUGUGAUGUUACAUUGUUUAUUGUUGUCUGGAUUGGUUGUUACAAAGUAGCCUAGUGUAAGUAGUAAACACUUCCAAUGCAUGCUGCUCUUUGAGUCUUUCAAGCUCUAGCCUAUGACGUUCAGUCUGUCAACAUGAACUUUGAGCCUCGUUAACUUUGUAGUCUCAUUUCACAAUUUAAACUACUUACGGUGUCGCUUUGUUGUUGAGAGGACAUUUCUAUGCAAUUUUGACAGGAUGUCUGAAAAAGCAGCGUCGCCCUUGCUUUUGCUUCAACCGACCAGGGGACUAGUCGAUGAAAAGUUCAGUGUAAUGGUCCAGAAUUUGCCGCAAAUUCAAGAUAUCACCUUGCACGCGCUGAUCCACUCAGAUGAUGGCGACUACUGGGAGGCAUUUGGCCACUAUGUUAGUGAUGCUACAGGAUUGGUAAAUGGUAGCCUACUUGUAUUUAAUGUCACUCAUUUUCAUUGAAGUUUGUUUGCACCAUUGUCAAUCAUUUGAAGAGUUCAAUUCAUGUUUAAAACCCUCUUACAUAAACUGCCUAAAUCUUUUUACAGUUGCCAAUGAUUCAAGUUUAGGAGGGACAUAUGAUGGCGUGGAACCCAUGGGACUGUUGUGGAGCAUGAGACCAGUGCCUGGCAGUAGAAUUGGACUCAGGUAAACUGAAACUCCACCCUUCAGAUAAUACCUUGACAAAAUUGUAAUUGUGUCAUCAAAGGAACCCAGUUGAAUUAUAAACAAUAUCUUGUAAUUUUAGGUUGAGGAAGAAGGAGGUCCACACUCCCAUGGUGGUGCACAUCUCUGUGUACAGGGGACACAUGAGUCAGGGUUUCAGGGAACAGGCGGCCCUGGCGAGUGUCGUCACAGAACGCUGGUACAUGGCCCCCGGAGUCCGCAGGGUUGACAUCACAGAGGGAGGGGUCACAGGGACCCUAUUCCUGCCACCAGGUAUGUCAUAGUUAUUAGCUACAUACACCUCACUUUCAAUAAUUACAAUUAAAAUCAUCCAAAGAUAUGGUUCAGAUAUGAUUAUCAUAAGGGGAGUGCAUAUAGCCCAGGUCUGACCAGACCAUGUUGUGUUGGAAGGACCCGGGCCCUUCCCUGCCCUGUUGGACCUGUGGGGCGGAGGUGGUGGUCUGGUGGAGUAUCGCUCUGCCCUCCUGGCCUCACAUGGCUUUGUCUCUCUGGCCCUGGAGUACAUGACACCCCGGACCUCUGGGGGCUCAACCUCUCAUGUGGGGAACAAAUACUUUGAGGUACCAGUAUAUGUUACUAGACCACUGCAUUUUGGCUGAUCUGCACUGUCAUAUUUAAUGUCAUAGGUGCCUCAAAUGACAGUGAUCAACUGAUAUAUAGCAUAUACACUGCUUAAAAAAAUAAAGGGAACACUUAAACAACACAAUGUAACUCCAAGUCAAUCACACUUCUGUGAAAUCAAACUGUCCACUUAGGAAGCAACACUGAUUGACAAUACAUUUCACAUGCUGUUGUGCAAAUGGAAUAGACAACAGGUGGAAAUUAUAGGCAAUUAGCAAGACACCUCCAAUAAAGGACUGGUUUUGCAGGUGGUGACCACUUCUCAGUUCCUAUGCUUCCUGGCUGAUGUUUUGGUCACUUUUGAAUGCUGGCGGUGCUUUCACUCUAGUGGUAGCAUGAGACGGAGUCUACAACCCACACAAGUGGCUCAGGUAGUGCAGCUCAUCCAGGAUGGCACAUCAAUGCGAGCUGUGGCAAGAAGGUUUGCUGUGUCUGUCAGCGUAGUGUCCAGAGCAUGGAGGCGCUACCAGGAGACAGGCCAGUACAUCAGGAGACGUGGAGGAGGCCGUAGGAGGGCAACAACCCAGCAGCAGGACUGCUACCUCCGCCUUUGUGCAAGGAGGAGCAGGAGGAGCACUGCCAGAGCCCUGCAAAAUGACCUCCAGCAGGCCACAAAUGUGCAUGUGUCUGCUCAAACGGUCAGAAACAGACUCCAUGAGGGUGGUAUGAGGGCCCGACGUCCACAGGUGGGGGUUGUGCUUACAGCCCAACACCGUGCAGGACGUUUGGCAUUUGCCAGAGAACACCAAGAUUGGCAAAUUCGCCACUGGCGCCCUGUGCUCUUCACAGAUGAAAGCAGGUUCACACUGAGCACAUGUGACAGACGUGACCGAGUCUGGAGACGCCGUGGAGAACGUUCUGCUGCCUGCAACAUCCUCCAGCAUGACCGGUUUGGCGGUGGGUCAGUCAUGGUGUGGGGUGGCAUUUCUUUGGGGGGCUCCACAGCCCUCCAUGUGCUCGCCAGAGGUAGCCUGACUGCCAUUAGGUACCGAGAGGAGAUCCUCAGACCCCUUGUGAGACCAUAUGCUGGUGCGGUUGGCCCUGGGUUCCUCCUAAUGCAAGACAAUGCUAGACCUCAUGUGGCUGGAGUGUGUCAGCAGUUCCUGCAAGAGGAAGGCAUUGAUGCUAUGGACCGCCCGUUCCCCAGACCUGAAUCCAAUUGAGCACAUCUGGGACAUCAUGUCUCGCUCCAUCCACCAACGCCACAUUGCACCACAGACUGUCCAGGAGUUGGCGGAUGCUUUAGUCCAGGUCUGGGAGGAGAUACCUCAGGAGACCAUCCGCCACCUCAUCAGGAGCAUGCCCAGGCGUUGUAGGGAGGUCAUACAGGCACGUGGAGGCCACACACACUACUGAGCCUCAUUUUGACUUGUUUUAAGGACAUUACAUCAAAGUUGGAUCAGCCUGUAGUGUGGUUUUCCACUUUAAUUUUGAGGGUGACUCCAAAUCCAGACCUCCAUGGGUUGAUAAAUUUGAUUUCCAUUGAUAAUUUCUGUGUGAUUUUGUUGUCAGAACAUUCAACUAUGUAAAGAAAAAAGUAUUUAAUAAGAUUAUUUAAUUCAUUCAGAUAUAGGAUGUGUUAUUUUAGUGUUCCCUUUAUAUUUUUGAGCAGUGUAUUUUACUUCCAUAAGGUGAUAUGUACUGAAUAUGGUGUAUUCUUAUUCAGGAAGGAAGCUAUAAGCUGUAGGUAAUUAAACCCACAAAGCUCAUCCAAAGGUUCAUUCACCUUGUCUGCACAACCAAUCCCUUGCGCAACCUACACAUUCAACUGUUAUUUGUAGGAACUGACUUUGGAUUUUGUUCUUAUCUUAAUAGCGUGUAAAAUGAGUCAUUGGUUUAGGUAUGUUGAAGUAUGAACAUUUAAAGAAAACAUGACUAGACAACUAGACCUAUUUCCUACAAUAGGUGUGAAAAAUGUAUGCACUCACUACUGUAAGUCGCUAUGGAUAAGAGCGUCUGCUAAUUGACUAAAAUCUAAAUGUAACCGUCUCCCACUUUUAUGGUACUUACAGUCAUAUUUAAUAAAGUUAUUACUACAGUAAUAAAGAAACAGAAUAUACGUUUCAAAAUAUGACUACUGUGGUAACAAUUUAAAAUCAAGUUUUGUACGACAGUCUUUUAGUAAGUAGCCUUGCAUGAGCCUUGGCUUGUGCGUGCCGGAACGGCUCAUAGGGCAGGAGCCUAUCUCCUGUUUCUGUAGCGUGAGGCAGCUUGAUGUACAAGUACACCCCUUGGACAGGACGCUAGUCUAUCGCAGGGCCUUACCCCCAAUCUAUCUCCUUUUCUCCUUAAUGCUGAGGGCCAAGCAGGGACGCAUCGGGUCCCAUUUAUACAGUCUUUGGUAUGACUUGGCCGGGGAUCGAACUCCCAACCUUCCAUUCUCAGGGCGGACACACUAACCACAGUCGUAGUUCAAAUGAAAUGUCGUGUUUUUGGCUCUAGGCUGCGUUCACCGUUCUGAAACAGCACCCUCAGGUGUGUGGGGACCGGAUAGCGAUACUGGGCCUGUCCUUUGGCACCUCAGUGGCUUUGGGGAUGGCUGUGUACUCUACUGUGAUUCAGGUAGGAGAGUGCUCAUACCGCACUGUCAGAAAAAUGUGGAGAUGUGUGUAUAUAUUUGUGUUUUUGUCUGUGUGCGUUUGUAUUUCGGCUAUCUUAAACUGUUGCUCCUCUCUCAGCCCAGGUGUUUGGUAUGUGUGAGUGGCAGUCAUGUCCAGCAGGUGAAAGGCUCACUCUCUGAUGUCUUCAGCGAGAUUAAUAAGUAUGUGUAUUAUCACGUGUUUAAAGAUGUGUAUACAUUUGUGCUUCCGCUUUGAUCCUCUUAAUAAUAAUAAUUCGAUAUAACUUACUCAUCUUGUGUCUUUCAUUUCCUAGAAACGUCCGUAACACUCGCUAUGAUGAGGAGAAUCGAGUGAUCUGGCGUGAUCUGCUCCUACCCAUUCCAACUGACCCAACCAAGAAAGUGGAUGUGGGUUAAACUCAAACUGGAUUUUUACCCUGAUAUUAACCUAUACCCUCAUUAUACUCACUGUAUAGCUGUUCUCCCUUGUGUGUUUGUCUAUCCCCAUGGUUUACUGCUGUGUCCUGGUUAGGUGGGGCAGAUGAAAUGUCCUGUUCUAAUGAUUGUGGGUGAGGAUGACCAGAACUGGCCUGCCACUGAGUCAGCAGAGGACGUGAGUACAUUUUUUAACAUGUCUUGGAAUCUGCAGAAAUAUGUAUUAUUAAGUGGUUCUACUGUAAUUUUACAGUAUGUUUUUGAGGCCCAACACUUUGAUGUAGAACUGACUGAGAGUUAUUGUGCCUCCUCAGAUGAAGCAGAUGAUGGAGAGAGCAGGGAACAGUCACCUGCUGACCACUCUGUCCUACCCUGGAGCUGGUCACCUGAUUGAACCUCCUUAUAGCCCACAUAUCCGUGCCAGCAACUUCAUGGUGGCCGGGACAAGACAAAAGUGUAAUUUAACGUUGGAUCUGUUUUUGUGUGUGUGUGGUGUGUGUUUUUGUGUGUGUGUGUUUGUGUCCUUGUUAUUAUCAGAGACAGUUUGACAGUAUCUUAUUUGCUGUUUUUGGGGAUGUGUAAUUUUGUCCACUGCUAAUCGACAAUACAACACACAUUAUCACAGUGAUAUAUGGUUGCAAUUACUCAUUUAUGUCUGACAACGUGUGAAGAACUCUCGUCACACAUUCUGUUUGUUUUGCCUGGAGAUAGACAAAUUACUCUCCGUUAAUGUUUUACCAGGCAAUAACUACAAUUGAAAUCAAGUACAUUACAUACUGUCAGUCUGAAUAGCAAUUUAAAAGUAAUGGCUGUUUCCAUGGCUGUUUCUAGCAAACAUAUAGAAAUGGGUUGUGUGAAGCAGUGGAAUAAUCACACUUGUUCUCGCUUUGUUCGAUUCUUCCCCUCCUGAUUUGAUUGCAGUGGUGGUUCUUUGGGGAGGAGAGACAGCGCCACACAGUCACGCACAGGAAGACUCCUGGAAGAAGACCCUUGCCUUUCUGGAGGAGCACCUAUAUCGAAGCACAGAGGUGACCUCACUGACAAAUCUGUGACUAGGCCAGAGACACAAGGACAUUUUAUAAUAAUUUUAGUAAUUAUGACUUAUCUUAAUUCUCAUCAGAGAUGUGAUGAAAUAAUUAUGUUGACACGAGUGUGGGUGGGAUGAAACCACAUAACUCAACAAGCCAAUAUCCUAAUCCAACUCUCAUAUCAUUCCUUUUCUCCUGGUUUUGGUGAUCUACACAAGCCAUAGCAUUCAAAGAUUGAGAAGAUCUCUGAGUUAUUGCGUUGUCACACAUGUUUCAUACAGUCUUUCAUUCAUUUCAAUUAAAUAGACCUUAUCAUGCCAUUUUUUUCUUCCAGUUUUACUGCUGUGCAUUUCUACUUUUACAAAGGCUCUAUUACUUAUAGGUUGUGUAACAAGCCUGUAAAAUGGUCUUCCUUGAAUAAAGAAAAGUGUUGAAAAUGUAAGAACUCGCCCCAUUCCUUUUAAAGGUGAGUUUUUAUCUCAAUAUCAUAUCAUUUCUGGAUAACAGAUAAUUACCUUACUGUGCUUGUUUCCUUUUGACCAUUGUAAUUUAAAACAAAGGCGCUAUUCUUAUUGACGAAAUAUGAAGAGGUUCUCGAGAGGUAUCGAUUCUCGAGCUACAUUAUUGUAAUGUAAACUUGCGACAUUCUCACGUCUCGAGCGCUACAUCAGGAGGUCACGCACUCUCCCGACAGUUGCCCCGAUUCAAGCAGAGCAUUGUAAACAGAAUUGUCUCGUUCAGCCAACACUCUUACAGUAUAAAUGGUAAUAGCAGACUAAAAUGUAUUGACUUUUUCCUAAUAUUUGAGACUUGUUUUAAUUAGUUUUUAUCUGAAAUUGCGGUAACAGCAUUACAGCAUGUUCCAUUCUGAAAUUGUCGCAGUAGCCAAAUGCACUGAGCCACAUAAAACUAUGGAAGCCCAUCCCCGCUAGGCUGCUUUUUUUUAUGUUGAUACUAUGUCGAAAUGUUUAGAUAGUGGAUAAUACAAAUCAUAUGUUUUUUUCAUUUGUAACAUUGUGUGUUGAUGUCAGAGGUGGCACCACAGGUCCUACAGUCCUGUUGGGGAAAUUGUUUUCCUGGGGCUCAGAGCUUUUCCUGAUCUGGUAGCCUAACCUAACCAACUCCAGACCCAAGUUGAACGUGUGACAUAGUAAUAUAUCAGGUGGUAAAAAAAUAAAAAACUGUUUUAUAUGGGCUAUGAUGGGACCAGAUUAUUUUUCUAAUCCGGUCAUAUAGUAAAAAAUUAAAUACUUGGAAAAACUCCUGGCCCAAGGGAGGAUGAAAACAUUUAAACCCUGUCAAACUGAAGCAACCUUGUACUUGUUCAUAAUAAUUAUAUUUUAAAACUAAGCUAACGGUGGUCCUUUACACAGACAGAGACAACUGCGAUUGGACAAUAGGACUAACAGGGCUGAGCUCGCUUUAUGCAGGGCUGCAUUGUGUAGGCUUUUGCAUCUGUAAUAAAUAAAUAUACAGUGGGGGAAAAAAGUAUUUAGUCAGCCACCAAUUGUGCAAGUUCUCCCACUUAAAAAGAUGAGAGAGGCCUGUAAUUUUCAUCAUAGGUACACGUCAACUAUGACAGACAAAUUGAGGGAAAAAAAUCCAGAAAAUCACAUUGUAGGAUUUUUAAUGAAUUUAUUUGCAAAUUAUGGUGGAAAAUAAGUAUUUGGUCACCUACAAACAAGCAAGAUUUCUGGCUCUCACAGACCUGUAACUUCUUCUUUAAGAGGCUCCUCUGUCCUCCCCUCGUUUCCUGUAUUAAUGGCACCUGUUUGAACUUGUUAUCAGUAUAAAAUACACCUGUCCACAACCUCAAACAGUGACACUCCAAACUCCACUAUGGCCAAGACCAAAGAGCUGUCAAAGGACACCAGAAACAAAAUUGUAGACCUGCACCAGGCUGGGAAGACUGAAUCUGCAAUAGGUAAGCAGCUUGGUUUGAAGAAAUCAACUGGGAGCAAUUAUUAGGAAAUGGAAGACAUACAAGACCACUGAUAAUCUCCCUUGAUCUGGGGCUCCACGCAAGUUCUCACCCCGUGGGGUCAAAAUGAUCACAAGAACGGUGAGCAAAAAUCCCAGAACCACACGGAGGGACCUAGUGAAUGACCUGCAGAGAGCUGGGACCAAAGUAACAAAGCCUACCAUCAGUAACACACUACGCCGCCAGGGACUCAAAUCCUGCAGUGCAAUACGUGUCCUCCUGCUUAAGCCAGUACAUGUCCAGGCCCGUCUGAAGUUUGCUAAAGUGCAUUUGGAUGAUCCAGAAGAGGAUUGGGAGAAUGUCAUAUGGUCAAAUGAAACCAAAAUAGAACUUUUUGGUAAAAACUCAACUUGUCGUGUUUGGAGGACAAAGAAUGCUGAGUUGCAUCCAAAGAACACCAUACCUACUGUGAAGCAUGGGGGUGGAAACAUCAUGCUUUGGGGCUGUUUUUCUGCAAAGGGACCAGGACGACUGAUCCGUGUAAAGGAAAGAAUGAAUGGGGCCAUGUAUCGUGAGAUUUUGAGUGAAAACCUCCUUCCAUCAGCAAGGGCAUUGAAGAUGAAACGUGGCUGGGUCUUUCAGGCUAGUGUCUAUACUGGAAUAUUUACGGUAAAUGUCCGUUGCCAAGCCCCGAACCCUCUCUCGGCACAUGACAUUCCGUUGCUAAAGUAAAUUCAAAAGUUAAUGUACAUAUGAUGUAAAUUGAAAUGCCGUCGCCCUGCCUCUUCUCAUCAAUGAGAUAAGCCCCAUAAAUAGCUUCUUAGCAAAGAGCAAUUUCUCAAGCAAGAAUGUUGAUAGAACUGGGAGUGGUCUGGUCUGAGUGGGGAGGAGAAAACUGAAAAUAUACUUUUAUUGGCAGAGAGGUUUGGAACUCUCUUUCUUAUCGUUCUAUUAAAGAUGCACUAUGCAGAAAUCGCUCUGCCAUUUCCUGGUUGCUAAAAUUCUAAUAGUUUGCCUUAUUUCAGUUUGUGACAAAACAAGCAAGUAUAGUGUAGAGAAUCAUUGUACCAUUUUAAACCGCUGUGAUAUAUAUUUUCCAUAACCAAAAAUAUUGUAUUUUCAGCUAUUUUAAGCUGGUGUCCAAAACCGAAAGUAUGACGCAAAAACAAAACUUAAGAACGGGAAGCAUAGAAAUAUCGGACAUAGAACAGAUCUACCGCUUCUUAGACAUGCUUUCAAUGAGGAUGACAGACCUAGAACACAAAUUCCUAUGUGAAUUUGGUCGGGUCUCCCAAAAAGUUACAUAUUGCAACUUUAACUAGGCAGGCAGGCCAAAACACCAUCCCACCAAAACAGGCUUACAUUUCAGCCGAUCAUUUCAAACUGCACUUACCCUAAAAGGGCAUUAUCAUCCUUUUCACAAUUUUCUAAGUAUUAUUCCAACCUCAACAUCACUUUGUGACAUGCUGAUGUAAAAAGGGCUUUAUAAAUACAUUUGAUUGAUUGAUCAUAGUGUGGAAAUAUAUAUAAAACACAGGAAAAUCAUGUUUUUGACUACACUGGGCUUUUAAGAAAUGGGUUAGCAUCAAUCAGCCAGUUUACUCCAAAAGUGCAAUGUUUUUACAGUGAUGACUCCCACUGCUCCCAUUUCCAAUAAACAGUUCUUGAUCAAUGGCCGUAGCUGUAUGGACUUGACAGCAUAUCACUGUCACGAUAGGCUCUAAAUCACUUUCUGACAUUUUGUUUUGAGGUCUGAUAAAUAUUGUUUGUAUAGUUUAGAGAAAAUCAUUGUUGAAUGUUAGUAAUUGAUUUCAAUGUCAAGGAGACCCAUGAUAAAUGCUGUUUCAUGCAAUAUUUUGUCUAGAGUUAGAUGUUAAACUCCUGGUCUGUCUCUUGUGUGGAGAAUUGAAUUGGUGUUGUAGUGAACUUUCUGAAGUAACUGGAAGAAUGUCAGCAGGAGUCAGAAUGGGGAUAUCUGGUUCUUUGUUGAUGACAAAGUGCGUGGGAGAUCAAGGACAGUGAUCUAACACAUUUGUCAUAGUUCAUUAAUACGCACGGGCAGUCCCUGUCAGGGCAAAGCAUCUAAGAACAUUUCUGUAAAUGUAAUUUUUAUCCUUAUCAGCAGAACGUUUCUGGUAUAUGGUUCAGCCAGUUGAGAGAAACACAGGUUCAACUUCUCUUCUUUUCUAUUACGAGAGGGUCAGUGGUGCAAGUGUUUUAGUGGACAUUUCCACUACAACAAUUUGUGACAUGAAUUCUGUUCCUGUGAUUACUGUAAAACCAUCGAGAGCCCUCUUUGAUGAGAAGUUCCAUGUGGUUGUGGGGAACUUACCACCGACACAGGAGGUCACACUACAUUCUUUACAUCAGUCUGAAGACACAGACUACUGGGAGGCGUUUGGGUACUAUGUCAGUGAUGCUCAGGGAAGGGUCACAGGUGAGAGUUAUUAUUUCAUCAUAUCUUUAACUAAUUUCUAUUGAAACACCUCUAAAUACCAAUGGGAAACAUUCAGUAAUAAUGCUAAAUCAUCUUUGUCUGAGAUUGAUAUAGUAUGGCGAGGUUAAUGAUCUAUUAUCAUCAAGUACUUGAAUGAGGUAAAAAAGUAUGUGACUACUCAGAGAAAUAGCCUUAGAUUUUGACAGAGUGCUCAGUGCAAGUAAAAAAUGUUUGGCUACAGUAGACACAUUCUGAUUGCAAAUUAAUCUCUGUUGCUAUUUUCUGUACAUGCAGUUACCAAAAGUUAGGACAUUGUUUUUUUGUUUAUAGUUGCCAAAGAUGAAAGUUUUGGGGGCACAUAUGAUGGUGUUGAUCCAAUGGGUCUGUUGGGGAGCAUGAGACCAAUACCUGGCAGUAGAACUGGACUCAGGUAAGCACUUCAACCCCACCUGAUUUUAUUAACUGUUCAUUUUUGGAGAUUUUGUUCUUUUGAACCUGUCAAUAUCCCACCGCUGCCACCAUAUGUAACAAUGAUGCCAGCUGUUCUGUUGGUACUUUCUGACCCUUAAGAUUCAGGAUCAAAGAAGUCGACAUUCCCAUGGUGGUGCACAUCUCUGUGUACAGGGGACACAUGCGUCAGGGUUUCAGGGAGCAGGCGGCCCUGGCGAGUGUCGUCACAGAGCGCUGGUACAUGGCCCCCGGAGUCCGCAGGGUCGACAUCACAGAGGGAGGGGUCACAGGGACCCUGUUCCUGCCACCAGGUAAACUACAUGCCUACUAUCCUGAGUGAUCACAUCCGUGCAGGACAAUUUGUAUAGGCAGUUGUUCACUGUAACGGCAUUCACUACAAGGGGAGUGCACUAUAUAUAUGUUUUGGUUGCUUAAACUAGGUUCUUGACAAGUACAAUAAUACAUCAAUGAUUUACUAUAGAGGACAGACCUAAAGAACUAUACAGUACAUGGAUGUAAAGAUGCAUGCUCUGCUCUCGGGUAGAAACAAACAAUAAUGUUUUUGUCAUGUCAUCCUGAAGGUCCCGGACCCUUCCCCGGAGUUUUAGACAUGUGGGGAGGUGGUGGCGGGCUGGUGGAAUAUCGAGCGGCUCUCUUGGCAUCCCACGGCUUUGCUGCCAUGGCAUUAAUGUAUCUCUUCCCAGAUGCACAGAAAGCUGCUACCAUUGGCUACCAUUACAUUGAGGUGUGUAUCUGCCCCAUUUUCUUAUGGAGAUACAAGAGAGGAAUUGAUUUGGGGACUUUGAAAACCACUGUCUUACAUAUAAUGCUGAUAUCUUGUCUCAGAAUGCUUUCAGACUGCUGCAGGAUCACACUCUAGUGGCCUCUGACAGAAUUGCCCUGCUUGGCACGUCCUUUGGUGCCUCAGUUGCUUUAUCCCUCGCUGUCUUCUCAGAAACUGUAAAAGUAAGUCCCUAUUUCAUCUCCUGUUAGUUUCCUGGAUAAACAUGCAUUUGUACUUGCAUCAGACCAAAAAUGCCCCUGUCUUAGUUCAUCAGUAUGAUUCUCCCAUUUGUAGUUGCGAAAUGUUUACCAUGAUAUUGAUAAGAGCGCUGCUAAAUGACGAAAAUGUAAAUAUUGGAAAAUAUAUGGCAUGCAUGUCUAUCUGUUCUAUUUAUACAUUUUAUGUAUCACUAUAUGAGUCUACAUGAUGUAUGUUGCUCUGAAAAUGUUUAAUUAAACGAUAUGUACUGUGUAAAUUAAUGCUUGUCUACCUUUUUAGCCAAAAUGUUGUGUGUGCAUCAGUGGCAGCCAUGUUCUCACACUCAAAGCCAACCAGUCCAUUGCAGAAUCCUUCAAUGUGAUGAAAGAGUACGUUUGUACCUGUGUAUGUGCAUAUAAAUGUGUUUGUAAAUUGACAUAGCAUUGACUUUGGGAGAGGACUAAAGUACUGAUUAAUUGCACCAUUAACCAUAUGUUUGCAGACACGUCCACAAGUCCUGCAUGGAUGAGAACAAUUGCAUAAUCUGGAGGGACACUCUUCUACCCAUUCCAGAGGAUUCUGACUUGAAAGUAGACGUAAGCGACCCGUCAUCUCAGAACCUUGGGUCUCUGCCGGCUUGUUUUAAAUGAUAUUUUCCUCGUUCACAAAAUGGUGGUCUCAGUCUAUUCCCUUUAUUGUUUUUCUUGAUAUAAAUCAAUAUUUUUCUUCUGGUCUCAGGUGGGGAGGAUAACAUGUCCAUUACUACUGGUUGUCGGACAAGAUGAUCAGAAUUUAGCCGCUGUUGAAUCCGCUGAUGAUGUGAGCAAUGUUCCUGACAGUAUUGAGUGUGUCCUUAUGUAGCCUAUUCUUAAAAUGGAUUUGCUUGUGAGAAGUAUUGCUUGGAUAUAAACCCUGUUAAAGUCCAUCAAAUGCUCCUCCUCAGAUGAAGCAGAUGAUGGAGAGAGCAGGGAACAGUCACCUGCUGACCACUCUGUCCUACCCUGGAGCUGGUCACCUGAUUGAACCGCCGUAUGGUCCCCACUGCAGGGCUUGUACCUUUGUGUUGAAGCCAGGCCAACAGAGAGGUGCCUUUCCAGAGUCAUUCAUGCAGACAAACUGUGCUUUUAUAGUUAUUGUGCUCCUAUAGGAUUCCCAAUACAUUCCUCUGGGACCACAGGGGUUAGCAAAUUUGUGCUCAAGCCUACCAGAUUAAACUAGUCCACUAAUGAUCCUACAGUUUUAGAUUUUUCUUAUGCUACUUGAAUACAUUUUUAUAUAGGUCUAUAUUACACAGUCAUAAGAGCAUGUCUCAAAUGUCUCAAAUCUAAAGCUAUCAUUCCAACUUGUUGCAGUGGUCAUGCUAUGGGGAGGCCUCACCAAACUUCACGCCGUUGCACAGGAAGACUCAUGGGAGAAGAUUCUAGGUUUUCUGCGAGAGCAUCUCUGUCACAGUGUCAAACCCCAUGUGCAGUCCAGAUUGUGA